GAAAGCUUACUGAGAAUAAACACUUAAAACCAUCCAAAACAGGAUCCAUCUAUCAGUUUAUAGAGAGCAUAUCUGGCAUGUACCAGUUGAAUUUAAUUUGUCAACUAUAGCAAGCCCCUACUUUCAAGAUGUGCAGGUCAUUAUAAACAUACUUGCAGCAUUUGCCAAUAUCAUAUAAAGUUGCCGUGAGAGUGAGACAAACAGCUAUCCGUGUGAAUUCUCUGUGCAAUGAAGGCAACUACAGUUUUGAUUUGGUUGGCUCUGUGUCAAGAACCACUUCUCAUUGAAGGAAUGAUGUUCGUUCUAAGAGAUGAGGCAGUAGUCACAACCAACAGCAGUAGCUGUCUUGCCAUCACUGAUAUUGGAGACAGUGUACAAGGUGCUCUUGUCUGCCAGUCAAGUUUGCCCCAUGGACCAAAUCUGACAAGUGGAAACUGGUACCUCAGUAGUGAUGAUGGUCAUGCAAAUAGUACGGCUGAAGGGGACAGGGUUGCAAGGGAGGAUCCUCGAGGCUGGGCUAGUGAUGUGGUAACUAAUGGUUCAGAUGGUCAUCUACUAGUGAGACUGUGGAGAGUGUCAGAGUCUUCAGUGGAAGGAUCAUUCACUUGUAACAUUCCUGGAGAUAUCUACAGCCCCAGAACCUUGUGCAUCUUUUCUCACAGUGAGAUUACCAUGUAAUCGUUAUUUUCGUGCCCAUCAGGUAGCUUUAUUAUAAGGUAUGAACUAGGGUGGGA